CAAAAAAACGUUUACAAUGCAGAGGGCUCUGUAUAGCUCCGCAUUGACAUAACUGGUUGAUGGCUCUGCGCUGCUGAGCGAAGCUCAAGAAGUAUGAAUGACCUGACUUCUGCAGAGGCCCGGAUCGCAGUAAAUGCUGUAUGGCCAAAACAGACAGCUGAGUGACCAUACAUGCGUUUACCUCAUGGAAAAGCAGAUGCUCGAUAUGACGGGUCCACAAAAGAACAGCUUCACUUUCUCCAACACCACCCAUUGGAGUAACGAUAAACAGGGCGUUUUUACAAGCCAAUCAUGAAUCUCAUUGGCUCUGCAAAGAAAAGGACACCAACGUGCGUCGUUUGAAUUUUGAGCUGGUCUUUUGGUCACGGAAAAUAUGAGUGUCGGCUGGCAAAGGUGUGGCUUUAACUCAGUGUUGUGAACUAGUAUUGGAGCAUGCCUCGUCGCGAUCCUGACAGCUCUUCUGCAAGCCGACGCAAGGGUGCAACACCCAAGCGUCGGCCUCCAGCCCCAACCGCGCCUGCUUCAACAUCACCGGCGGUACGGCUGAGCGGACCAUCAGCCCCUGCAGGUGUAGCUCCCUCCCUGCAAAAGAGGAGGAGGUUUCGCCCUGGCACCCGAGCUCUGAUGGAAAUUCGCAAGUACCAGAAGAGCACGGACUUGCUUUUGCGCAAGGGACCGUUUGCGCGCCUGGUUCGGGAGGUGUGCCAGACGUAUAGUAGGGACUUCAUGAGAUGGCAGGUGUAUGCUCUUCUGGCAUUGCAGGAGGCUGCAGAGGCUUUCCUCGUUUUACUGUUUUCCGAUGCCUACCUGUGUACCAUCCACGCCAAGCGUGUAACGCUAUUUCCCCGUGACAUUCAGCUUGCCCGGCGAAUUCGAGGAGUGGAUCAUCUCUGAGAACACUCAGAUGAGCCAUUGAGGAGCGAGCAGUGUGGCUUGGAGUGCGCCUGUUAUAGCCUCUUUUUAAUAUAUAUUGUUUUAAACUACUGACCAUGGACCAUGGGGUGCUGAGGACCUCUAACAAUGCUAUGUUUUGAUGCAAAGCAUCAGUGGAUCUAAUUUGCCCCAAAAACACAUGCAUUACGUUCAUGCCAGUUAUAAACUCAGUAUAUUCUAUAACAAAAUGCUCACCCAGGCAAGGACUGUUGACCAAUGUUUUGAUUUUAGAAAAAGGUGUUUUUGUACGUUGAAGGAAAAACACUUUUGGGUAUACUGCUUUAGUUCAUCUGUGUUUUGGGCCCUCAUGCCACCGAAGACAAGUUAGUAUAGUGGUCAAAUAUGAGAUUUACUGUAAAUAAUGUUGGAUUUGAAUAAAUGUUUUUAUUCAGUAGGAUAAA